GAUGGAGGGGCUAGGCCUGCGCGGCCUGGAGCUUCUGGGGAGUCACCCGCAGUAGGGGCGCGUAGAGGAGGGUGAGAGGCGGCUGAGGACCAUGGCGGCGGUCGUGGCGGCGGCGGCAAUGCGCGCACGGAUCCUGCAGGUCUCUUCCAAGGUGAAUUCCACUUGGUAUCCAGCAUACUCCUUCUCUUCUUCAGUGCCAACUGUAAAGCUCUUCAUUGAUGGGAAAUUUGUUGAAUCCAAAAGUGACAAAUGGAUUGACAUCCACAACCCAGCCACCAAUGAGGUCAUUGGUCGGGUUCCUCAGGCCACCAAGGCUGAAAUGGAUGCAGCCGUUACUUCUUGCAAACGUGCUUUUCCUGCAUGGGCAGACACUUCCGUGUUAAGCCGCCAGCAGGUCCUGCUCCGCUAUCAACAACUCAUUAAAGAAAACUUGAAAGAAAUUGCCAAGUUAAUCACACUGGAACAAGGGAAGACCCUCGCUGAUGCAGAAGGAGAUGUAUUCCGAGGCCUUCAGGUGGUCGAGCAUGCCUGCAGUGUGACAUCUCUCAUGCUGGGAGAGACCAUGCCAUCCAUCACCAAAGAUAUGGACCUUUAUUCCUACCGUCUGCCUCUGGGAGUAUGUGCAGGCAUUGCUCCAUUCAAUUUUCCUGCCAUGAUCCCUCUUUGGAUGUUUCCCAUGGCCAUGGUGUGUGGAAAUACCUUCCUGAUGAAACCAUCAGAGCGAGUUCCUGGAGCAAGCAUGCUUCUUGCUAAGCUGCUCCAGGACUCUGGUGCCCCGGAUGGGACACUGAAUAUCAUCCAUGGACAACAUGAAGCUGUAAACUUUAUUUGUGAUCAUCCGGAUAUCAAAGCAAUCAGUUUCGUGGGAUCCAACCAGGCAGGAGAGUAUAUCUUCGAGAGAGGGUCGCGACAUGGCAAGAGAGUUCAAGCCAAUAUGGGAGCCAAGAACCAUGGAGUAGUCAUGCCAGAUGCCAAUAAGGAAAAUACCCUGAACCAGCUAGUUGGGGCAGCAUUUGGAGCUGCGGGGCAGCGCUGCAUGGCUCUUUCCACAGCAAUCCUUGUAGGAGAAGCUAAGAAGUGGCUGCCAGAGUUGGUGGAGCGUGCCAAAAACCUGAGAGUCAAUGCAGGAGACCAGCCUGGAGCUGAUCUUGGCCCUCUGAUAACCCCCCAGGCCAAAGAGCGAGUCUGUAAUCUGAUUGAUAGUGGAACAAAGGAAGGAGCAUCUAUUCUUCUUGAUGGUCGAAAAAUUAAAGUGAAAGGCUAUGAAAACGGCAACUUUGUUGGACCAACCAUCAUCUCAAAUGUCAAGCCAACUAUGACCUGUUACAAAGAGGAGAUUUUUGGUCCAGUUCUUGUGGUUCUGGAGACAGACACUUUGGAUGAAGCCAUCAAGAUAGUAAAUAGCAAUCCAUAUGGAAAUGGAACUGCCAUCUUCACCACCAAUGGAGCCACUGCUCGAAAAUAUUCCCACCUGGUGGAUGUUGGACAGGUGGGGGUGAAUGUCCCUAUUCCAGUGCCUUUGCCAAUGUUCUCAUUCACCGGCUCUCGAUCUUCCUUCAGGGGAGACACCAAUUUCUAUGGCAAACAGGGCAUCCAAUUCUACACACAGAUUAAGACCAUCACUUCUCAGUGGAAAGAAGAAGAUGCCACUCUUUCCUCGCCUGCCGUAGUCAUGCCUACCAUGGGCCGUUAGAAACAAGUUUGUUCUAGACUCAGUCCACCCUGAAUAAUCUCUCUAUAUUCUUGACCAACUUAUUUGCCGACUUUGCUCAAGUCAGAUUCCUAGGACUGGAAUACCUGGUAACUAAAAUUUUUCUCAAGACCAUCAAACCCAUGCAGCGUAGCUCUAGGAGACUCCUACUGUAACUCUGAAACCAGAUUUUCACUUGCUUUUCUUACUUCAGCUUCUGAGAUAGCUUUUGUAACUGUGAAAUGCUUACAUGGUAUGAGAACUGAGACCUAUUUUCUAGAAGUUCUCCCCUUUUCUGAUGACUUGAAGGAAGGGAAGAUUAGUGUAUGGAAAGAAGAUCUUCCAGUAACUAGAAGAGGACCUCUUGGAUGGGGAAAUAGGACAGAAAUAAUUCACCCUUUGGUUGUUCCUCAAAUACAGCCCUCCAUAAAUGGCAGUGGGGGGAGACCCCUCUGCCAAGCUUUCCUGAGCCUCUCAUUUAACCCACACUACACAGGACAUAAUCCAUUUCUACUUAUCCCACAGUUGUGAAAACUGCUUUCUUUUUCGAUGAAUGCCACUUUGUCCUAGUGAUUUAUGACCACUAAUUCAUCAUCGUCACUGUUCCUGCUUCUAAAAUCACUUCUCAAGGAUACCUCAGUACUCACUGGAUAAAUCAACUUUUUGUGGUGUGUACCAAGUGUUAAAUUUCAGAUUUGGCUUCAACAAUCAAUAAUGUUUCAGUCAUUAAUUCAGGUGCAAAUGGAGUUAUUGUUUUUUUUUUUU